AUGUCAAGUUCAUUUUGGAAAUUUGGACAAGACUACUCUAACGAGUCAUCAUUAGCUAAGCUACUGAAUAAUGCUUUUAUUAAAAUAGAAUCUAAUGAGAUUAGUGAUAAUAACCAAAAUAGAAAUAAUAGUAGCAGCAAAAAUGAUACAGAAAUAAAGGUGAAAUUAGAUAGUCCAAAGAAUGAAGAAGAUCUACAAGAAGAGGAUAAUGAAGAAAGUAAUUCCAAAAAAAAUCAACAUGUGGAAUUACCUGAUACAGAGACUGGAUUUAAAGAUUAUGAACCUAAUUUGGAUGUAUUAAAUAAUCUUUUAGAUGAAGAAGAAUUGUAUACCGAAUUGAUGUGCUCUAAUUUUAAAUUAUUAAUAUAUCUUAAAUAUCCAGCUGUUUUAUCAAAGUUGAUAGACUAUGUUAUGGUUGAUAAUAUUCUUGCUAAAGAUGAAAAGAAAAGAAAAGAAUUAAUAAAUAAUGGUGAUAGAGAUAUUAACAAAUUAAAAAAUAUUCCAUCAGAUAUAGUUAACAAUAAUAAUAAUAAUGAGGAAAAUUUUGAGGAAGGAACAGAAAAAAUAGAAAUAGAAGAAGAAGAAGAAGAUAUAGAAUCUCAAAGAGCUCAUAUGGCUGCUGAAAUUCUUUCUGCUGAUGUCUGGCCCAUAUCUGCAGCCAUUAUGGAACAUGAAGAUUUACUAGAAAAAUUAUGGUCUAUAACCAACCUCGCAGGUGAAUUACCUAUUGAAGCAUCAACAUAUUUUAUGAAAAUUAAUGAUAGACUAUUAGAUAUGAAUAUGUCUGGUAUGAUUGAAUUUAUUCUGACUCAAGAUAAUAUUGUUGACAGAUUUUUGAAUCAUAUUGAUGAUCCACCAUUGAUUGAUUUUUUCCUAAAAGUUAUCUCUACAGAUAAACCAGAUAUAAAUAAUGGGGUAAUUAAAAGAUUAAAAGAGCAAGGACUUAUACCGAAAUUGAUAGAACUAUUAAAUCCUGAAUAUAAUCAUUCUGUCCAGUCUGCAGCUGCAGAUUUCUUAAAAGCUUUAUUAGCAAUUAGUGGCAACUGUGUGGAUGAAAUUGCCUCGUCUAUUGGUCCAAAUGAAUUGACUAGACAAUUAGCAUCCCCUAAGGUUAUGGAGAGACUCAUCCAAAUCAUGUUAAAAGGUGGUACUUCAUUAAAUAAUGGAGUCGGUAUCAUUAUUGAAUUAAUAAGGAAAAAUAACUCAGAUUAUGAUUAUGUACAAAUUAUGUUUACUACAUUAGAGACGCAUCCUCCCAAUGAUAGAGACUCCAUAUAUUUGGGUCAUAUGUUGAAGUUGUUCCAUAAAUAUAUGCCUAAGUUCAAUGAUAUCUUGGUUAAUACGUCUAUGCCGAUCUUAGAUACAUCAUUUGGUAGAAUUGAACCUUUAGGGUUUGAAAGAUUUAAGAUUUGCGAAUUAAUUGCUGAGUUGUUACAUUGUUCUAAUAUGGGGUUAGUUAAUGAAAAGAAAGGUGAAGACAUUGUUCUUGAACGUGACAGAGUAAGAGCUAGACUUUUGGCAGAUGAAAACGACAAUUAUAGUGAAAAUGAUGACGAAGAAAACAGCUCUCGUGAACAAAAUGAUGUUACAGAAAGUUUGAAUUCUUUAACUAUUGAGAAUGGACCACAUCAAAAUGAAACAGACAAGUCUUCUAUUAACAUAGACAACAACUAUAACAAUAUGGAGGAACAUAGUGAAGAAUUUUCUGAAGUCAUCCCAGAUGAUGAAUCUGAGAUCGAAAAAUUGAAAGAAAAGGCCGUGGUUGGUGAUUUGUUGAAAAUGUCAUUAUUAGAUACGCAAAUUAUCACUACUAUUAUAGAGAUGUUUUUUCAUUUCUCUUGGAAUAAUUUCUUACAUAAUGUUGUAUUUGAUAUUAUCCAACAGAUAUUCAAUGGUCCAUUAAAAUCUGGGUUUAAUAGAUUUUUAAUAAAAGAUCUUUUAACUAAUACUGAACUUACCAAAUUGAUUAUUGAAGGUGAAAGAGACUGUGUAAGACAAGAAGAGGAAAAAAAACCAAGGUUAGGUUAUAUCGGCCAUCUGACCUUAAUAGCGGAAGAGAUUGUAAAAUUUAGUGCAUAUCUUGAUGAAAUGAAUAUCAACUUCACAACUAAUACCAUAAAUGAUUGCUUAGCUGAUUCAAAUUGGAAGGAUUAUGUAGAAACUACUCUAAGUAAUAGAAGAGAACAAUAUGAUCUUGUCUUAGGUGAUAUUCCACCAAAUGGUGAUGGGGAAAAUGAUGAUUAUGAUGACGGGGAUUCAAAUGAAGAUAGAUUCUCUGAACACGUAUACGGUACUGAACAUAUCAUUUUCACAAAUGACUUAGAUGAAGAUGGAGAAGAUAUAGAUAAUGAUAAUGAGGAUCCAUACGAAGACGCUAUCAAUCAUUUACCAGGUGAAAAAGAAGAUAAUGCUGAUGUUAAGGAAGGAGAAGAAAACGUCGACGAUGAAUAUGAAAGUAACAACCAUAAAGAUUCAACUAGUUUUCUAUCUUCAUCAGAGUCUGAAAAAAAUUUUGUUCAGAAUGACAAUAUACUUAUAAAUAUUACAGACACUACUAAAGGGUUACAAAACAACGAAGAAGAAGAGGAAUAUGCUGAAUAUUCAGAGAGAGAUAACAAAAACUACUACCAGUACGUUGAUUCUAAUAUGAAGAAAGCAGGCACAUAUGUAGCGACUAUUGACUCUCAUCACGAUGAUGAAGAAUCGGAAAAUAAUGAUGGAAAAAUGCAUCGUAAACAAUAUAGUCCUAGUAAAUUUGGUCAAACAAUCACAAAAACUGUUAUACCGACAUCUCCUGCUGGCUUUUUUGAUUAUGAGAUUAGUUCAUCUGACGAAGAAGAUAAUCUUGUAUCAAGCCAAGAUUAUAUCGAACAGAAUGAUAAACGUAGAAAACUAAGCAAAAGAGGAGGUUAUUGUGACGAUGAAGAGAAUAAUGACGAUCUUCUUGAAGACACAACAUUAAGUGAAACAGCCGCAUGGAAUGGAGAGUCAAGAUCUCCCUCAUUUAAAUUGAACCGCGUUUCUAAUAAUAAUAAGCCAAGCUUGGCACAAUUACAUGAUGAGGAUAUUUUCCAGCAUCAAUUUGAAAUGGAUAUGAUGCAUGACUCCAGUGUAUAUCCUGGAUUGAGUCGAGUUGACAGUACAACAAUAAAUGAUAUCAGUAUAGCACAUGUGAUUCCAAUAAUGAGUCUACAGGAUGAAAGCGAUGAUGAAGACAACUAUUUAGAUCCCAAUGAUGAUGGACAAUCGUAUGCUAAACCAAAUAACCCAUUAUAUAAUGACACCAUGAAAGGUAUGGCGUCAUAUUAUUCAAAUAGUGUAUAUUAUUCUUCUGAAGGAUAUACUACUGCUGAUAAUGGAUCCGAUGAAGAGGAAUCAAGCGAAAAUAGUGACGAAGGAGAGAUGGAUCAUAAAUUACUAAAUAAUUUACAAGAUAGCUCUAUGGAAGAAUCUUUUAUCUUAUACAGAUCUGCAAGUCAUGACGAAGAAAAGUGGAGUUAA